CCACUGAAACUAAUGAUUGGAAUAAUGUAGUGCCUGCUGUUAGUACUGGCAAGAUGAAGAGAAGGACAUGUUAUGAAUGUGGUGAGAAGGGCCAUAUUUCUUCUGACUGUCCAAAGAAGCAAGCCACUACAGAUUAAACCUUAAAGCUCUGUUCCAACAAUGGCGGUUAGCUUACUAAAGCAGGCUGACAUUUCCAUGCCACAAAAAUGGCAAGAUAUGAAAGAGAAUAAUAGUAGCAGUUGUAGUAACCGAGGAAGUAGAGCUUGGACAGAGACAAAGUCAGUGAAAACAGAUAAAAAAGUUCCAGUGAUUUACUAUCUUUCAAGGAAUAACCAGCUUGAUCAUCCUCAUUUCAUGGUGGUUCCUCUCUCUUCUCCCCAAGGACUUUAUCUCAAAGAUGUGAUAAGUAAGUUGAUUUCCCUUAGAGGACAAGGCAUAGCCACCAUGUAUUCUUGGUCUUCAAAGAGGAGCUAUAAGAACGGGUUUGUAUGGCAAGACUUAUCCGAUAAUGAUUUCAUAUAUCCAUGCCAAGGCCAUGAGUACGUUGUAAAAGGGUCACAACUGCUUGAAUCUUCUUUGAGCUUCAGGUCUUUCGAAAGCACGAUCUCAUCAAACUCAUCAUCGUCUUCAUCCUCCUUAAUUUCCCGCGAAACAGACAGUCCUAUCGAGGAACAUUCCAGUGUUGAUCUUGAUCCAACCAAAAUCAUUAGAAGAAAAAAUCAGUCAUGGGGCUCAUUUGAUGACCUCGGAGAAUACAAAGUCUACAAGCCUAAAAUCUCUAAAGAACUGGCUGCCAAAGGCACAAACGUUUCUACUCAAACUGACGAGAAGGUCAGGCCAAGAAAAUCAAGACUCAGUGAGGUUUCUGGGCCUGAAAGGAAUGGUGGAUUGGAGAGCUCGCCGAUGGAGUUUGAAGGGUCUAGGAAGAAGGAUCAGACAGUUGAGAAUGCUUGUGAAUGUGGAAAGGCAAAGGCCUCAACAGUUUUGAUGCAAUUCAUCACUUGUGGCUCCACAAAAAUCAAAGACUCUGGGGCCAUUAAAAAACAAAAGGAUUAACAACUUGGGCAUUCAUAGAGUAAAAAUCAAGGCACUACAAGAAUUCAAAUGUGAGAAGAAGAGUAAUGUUUUACUAUAUCAGAUUAUGAACACACUUUAGUUCCUUGUUGCUGUUAUGAAGCUAGCUAGGAAAGAACAAAGUAUUUUGUUUUCUUUCAAUAAACAAGAAUUAAGAACUUCACUU